UCAGAGGCCAACAUGAUGAUGUCCACAAAGCUUGUAUCGUUUCAGUUGAUUAUUAUAUUCACUUUCUUCUGUUCACUUUUAAGGCUCUCUUAUUUGGAAGUUUCUGGCAUUUCUUUUGCCAAUGCUACUGUUAUGGUUGGCUAUGAAGCUGCAGAAGAUGAAGACAUUGAAGCAAUAAGUGCUCUAUUGAAGUGGAAAGCCAACCUUGAUAACCAAAGCCAGGCUUUCUUGUCUUCUUGGUCCACCUUUACUUGCCCUUGCAAGUGGAAAGGAAUUGUUUGUGAUGAAUCCAACUCUGUCAGCACUGUAAAUGUUUCAAAUUUUGGACUAAAAGGUACACUUCUCAGUCUAAACUUUCCGUCAUUUCAUAAGCUCCUCAAUCUGGAUGUAAGUCACAACUUCUUCUAUGGAUCUAUUCCCCACCAAAUUGGUAACAUGUCCAGAAUUUCUCAGUUGAAAAUGGAUCAUAAUCUUUUUAAUGGUUUCAUCCCGCCAACAAUUGGUAUGUUGACAAAUCUUGUUAUACUUGAUUUGUCAUCCAACAAUCUCUCUGGUGCAAUCCCUUCAACUAUUAGAAACUUGACAAAUUUGGAACAACUUAUCCUCUUUAAAAACAUUCUCUCAGGCCCUAUUCCUGAGGAGUUGGGAAGACUUCAUUCUCUCACAAUAAUCAAAUUGCUAAAAAAUGAUUUUUCUGGGUCAAUCCCAUCUUCCAUAGGAGACUUGGCUAAUUUGAGAACACUUCAACUCAGUCGUAAUAAACUUCAUGGAUCAAUUCCUUCCACUCUUGGAAACUUGACAAACCUCAAUGAAUUGUCCAUGUCUAGAAACAAGCUUUCUGGAUCAAUUCCAGCUUCCGUUGGAAACUUGGUCUAUCUACAGAAGCUUCACCUUGCAGAAAAUGAACUUUCUGGGCCUAUUCCAUCUACCUUCAGAAAUUUGACAAAUCUCACCUUCCUAUUACUUCAUAUGAACAACCUUAGUGGUAGUUUUUCAACAGCAAUAAGUAACCUUACCAAUUUAAUAAACUUACAACUAAGCUCGAAUCAUUUCACUGGCCCUUUGCCUCAACAUAUUUUUGGAGGGUCACUUUUAUAUUUUGCUGCCAAUAAGAAUCAUUUCAUUGGUCCAAUUCCAACAAGUUUGAAGAACUGCUCCAGCCUUGUUAGGCUCAACCUUGCAGAAAAUAUGUUGACCGGAAAUAUUUCAAAUGAUUUUGGUGUAUAUCCAAAUUUGAACUACAUUGAUCUGAGUAGCAAUUGCCUUUAUGGCCACCUUUCAUCAAAUUGGGCCAAAAGCCAUGAUCUCAUAGGCCUAAUGAUUUCAUACAAUAGUUUAUCCGGUGCUAUACCCCCAGAGCUAGGUCAGGCACCUAAGUUACAAAAGCUUGAACUGUCUUCAAAUCAUCUAACAGGAAAAAUUCCAAAAGAACUUGGCAACUUGACCUCCUUGACUCAACUCUCCAUAAGUAACAACAAACUUUCAGGCAACAUUCCCAUAGAAAUAGGAUCUUUAAAGCAACUUCAUCGCUUGGAUCUUGCAACAAAUGAUUUAAGUGGCUCAAUCCCAAAACAGCUCGGAGGGUUGCUCAGUUUAAUUCACUUAAACUUAAGCCAUAACAAAUUCAUGGAAAGCAUUCCCUCUGAAUUUAGCCAAUUGCAAUUUCUUCAAGAUCUUGAUCUUAGUGGAAAUUUUUUAAAUGGAAAAAUUCCAGCAGCACUUGGAAAAUUGAAGGUAUUGGAAAUGUUGAACCUCUCCCACAACAGUCUCUCUGGAUCCAUUCCUUGUAAUUUUAAGCAUAUGUUGAGCUUGACAAAUGUUGACAUAUCUAACAACCAAUUAGAGGGUGCAAUUCCAAACAGUCCAGCCUUCCUUAAGGCACCAUUUGAAGCAUUGGAAAAAAACAAACGCUUGUGUGGUAAUGCUUCAGGGUUGGAACCUUGUCCAUUGAGUCACAAUCCUAAUGGUGAAAAGAGAAAGGUCAUAAUGUUGGCACUAUUCAUUAGUUUGGGUGCACUAUUGCUAAUAGUGUUUGUGAUUGGAGUUUCAUUAUAUAUUCAUUGGCAAAGAGCAAGAAAAAUAAAAAAGCAGGACACGGAAGAACAAAUUCAAGAUCUUUUUUCCAUAUGGCAUUAUGAUGGAAAAAUAGUGUACGAAAAUAUAAUCGAAGCAACAAAUGAUUUUGAUGACAAAUAUCUCAUUGGAGAAGGGGGGUUUGGAUGUGUUUACAAGGCUAUCUUGCCCUCUGGCCAGAUUGUUGCUGUGAAAAAACUUGAGGCUGAAGUGGACAAUGAAGUGCGUAAUUUUAAGGCUUUUACAAGUGAAGUUCAGGCCUUGACAGAAAUCAAACAUCGUCACAUUGUGAAGUUGUAUGGAUUUUGUGCGCAUCGGCAUUAUUGUUUUUUGGUUUAUGAGUUCCUAGAAGGUGGCAGCUUGGAUAAAGUCCUAAACAACGACACACAUGCAGUGAAGUUUGAUUGGAAUAAGAGGGUUAACGUUGUUAAAGGUGUGGCAAAUGCUUUGUAUCAUAUGCAUCAUGGUUGCUCUCCUCCUAUUGUUCAUCGCGACAUAUCAAGCAAGAAUGUUCUUAUAGAUUUGGAAUUUGAAGCUCGCAUCUCUGACUUUGGAACAGCAAAGAUUCUAAAUCAUAAUUCACGCAAUUUGAGUUCGUUUGCAGGCACUUAUGGAUAUGCUGCACCAGAGCUUGCUUAUACUAUGGAAGUGAAUGAGAAAUGUGAUGUCUUCAGUUUUGGGGUCCUUUGUUUGGAAAUAAUAAUGGGAAAUCAUCCAGGCGAUCUCAUUUCUUCAAUGUGUUCACCCUCUUCAAGACCAGUAACAUCUAAUUUGCUAUUGAAGGAUGUGCUGGACCAAAGACUUCCUCUUCCAAUGAUGCCAGUUGCUAAGGUGGUGGUCUUGAUUGCAAAAGUGGCAUUUGCUUGUUUGAAUGAACGACCACUUUCUCGCCCAACCAUGGAAGAUGUGUACAACAUGUUUGUGAUGCAUAAAUCACCUUUAAUGAAGGAGACAUUAGACACCAUUGCACUUGGACAACUUCAAAAUCAUUGAACUUGGUUUUCUUUUGUAUUGUAAGUUUAUGUUUUUUUUUCUUUCCUCUUUUUGCUGUUAGUCAUGUGUUGUAAGCUUGUCUAGAAAUAUUUGACAAUAAAUUGGUUGUCUGCAAUAAAUUGUUGAAGUUAGGAAAUUUUAUACCUAGAAUUUAUGUAUUCAGCAGACACUAAAAACAUUUAUUAGAGCAUUGGU